AUGGCUGCACCAGUUGUCGUUUCCGAGCGCGUGCGAUUGUCCCAAAUCCUCGCACUCGUUGGCUACGGUGUCUCGUGCUUCGUUUGCCUCCUCUUGCUCCUGUACCUGCGCAUGAAUCGACACGUCGCUUUCAAAGGCGAUGCGCAAGCGGCUCGCAAAGUGAUUCUGCCGGCAUUUGAACCACUGCUGUGGAUCUUUGCUGCCACUACGGGCGCGUUUGCCAUCUUCUUUUGCGUCACGCUCGCCACUUGUAUCUACACGACUCACUUCCCGAGCUUUCAUGGCGAAGUCAUUUACGCGGGUCGACAGUUUGUGCUGGUCCUCGCGCUUGUCUUCCUGUGCCAGAAGAGCGUCUCGGUGCCAGCGCUCCGACGUGCAGUUAUCACGUCCGUUCUCCUCGCUUCGUACACAGUCCCCAUCGUGUGUCUCCUCACGCACGUGGCACCACAAGACAUGACGCUGUUCUACUCCGUCAGGACUGUGACACGGCUCUUGUUGCUGACGUUUGUCGUCCACGUGUGCUUCAUCCGGCCCCCAGCAGGUCGGGCGAGUCCACGAUCUCUGCGUGUCUACGGCACGUUCGUCAUUGUGUUCCACAUGCUCAAUGCUAUGAACACGUUGCUCCAAAAGUACGCGCCGCACUCGAGCACGUUUGCUACCACGACGUACAUCAUGGUAUGCUGCGGCUCGUUGUCGCCUUUUUUCACGUGGGCGUUGCUCCGUGCCGACACGGAAUACUGGCGCGGUCUCGGUCAACGUGCGUGUGCUUUGCAACAGGGACUCGACGGUCAGAACCCGCCACUCGACGAGUGCAUCUCGUCCAACGGGAUUCACCUCCUCAUUGAGCUGCACAAGAAGGUCGUGAUUGACUUUGCCCACCUCGAGCUACUCCAGCAGAUAGGCGUUGGGUCGAGCGCAACGGUGUUCCGUGGACAACUCCAGCAACAAUGCCAAGUGGCCGUGAAAGUGUACACGCCGUACCGGUUCACUGAAGAAGUUGUGGCCGAGUUCUCGCACGAAGCCGCGCUUUGUGCGUCCUUGUUGCAUCCAAACAUUGUCAAGUUCUUUGGCAUGUGCGUGUGUCCUCCGACGAUUUGCUUGGUCUUUGAGCUCUGUCAAGGCUCGUUGGAAGACAUCAUGAUCGCCCAGGGCAGAGCACAAGGUCAGCGCCGCGUACCACGUCGUCGUCGACUUGACCUCGACGGUACACACCACGAGGUUGACAUUCCCGAUUUCCGGUUUAUGCUGCUCAAAGUAGCGUACAUGCUCGAUUGCGCUCGUGCGGUCGCUCACGUUCACAGCUUUUCUCCACCGUUCCUGCACCGGGACAUCAAGCCUGCCAACUUCCUCGUGGACAAUGACAACAACGUCAAGCUCACGGAUUUCGGUGACUCGCGACGGCUACCCGAGAAGGUGACGAAGGCUGAAAAAUCGAUCGACGCCCACAAGGCGGGCAACCUGCAGACAAGAAAUGACUUGACUGGCGCUUGCACUCCCGAGGUUCGUGCUCGAGCUACGCCGCAGGUCAAAAUGACUGUCACGGGCACGGUGAAUUACAUGGCUCCAGAGAUGAUCGACUGUCGGACAGGUCUCGCAAGCUACGGCGAAUCGGCUGACGUCUACUCGCUAGGCAUCACGUUCUGGGACAUCUUGUACCCGGGCUGCGAGAAGUAUGCUGCAACGAACCCGAUGCGGGUAUUUGAAGGUGUGCUCAGCGGUUGUCGUCCUCCGUUUGAUGACAUGGAUCCAGCAACCACUGACGAAGCUUUGCCAGCCAAACUUCGAGACAUCAUCACCAGUGCGUGGCAGAGUGACCCGCGUGCACGCCCUAGCAUGCCACAGAUUGUCCACACGCUUGAGUGCCUGCAAGAGGAGCUACUAGCAACGUUUGCUCAGGAGCUAAGUGACGACGUCAAACAGUCCAGCAUCAUUGCUGCUGCAAAAAAGUGUAUCGCCGGUGACCGGUUGGUCGAGCGGCUGGAGGACUUGGCAGCCACAGAUUCUCGCAGCAAGGGCGUGCGGCUUGGUCGUGCAUUAAUGGAUGCCGGAUUCUUGCACCAUGUUCAUCACGAACGGGGUUUCGUGGACAACAAGACGCUGUAUUUCUUCGAUGACGGCAACAUCGAUUUCUGUCAGCCGCUGACCACGCUGGAACACGGCACAGAUGCCGAGUCGGAUAGCGCGUCUUACUUUGAGCUAGUCGAUGAGGACAAGUUCCAGAAAAGCUCAAAUCGAUCGAGACUGUUUUCACAACUGGCGUCCACGUUUUCACCACACACCUCAUCGGGUACCUGUCAUGGCACUGAGGCAGGAACAGCCAGCACUUGUGCCUGUCGCUUGCAUGGCCAGGGACUGCAUGUGCCGAUCGACACUGAAAGCGAUCAUCAAAAUGUCCUGAGCCGGCAACACCAUCGUUUGUGGCGCAAAUUUCCACGACGAGUGCAAACUCGAAACCAAUUCGAGAGCAGCAGUUGCUGUGGCAACCAACGCCAUGGCAGUCGGCUGCCUUCAAAAAAGAAGUGGAAACGGAAUACCAAGCUGGAGAACAUGAAGCCCAUGAUGCACAGUCUACUCGACGUAGAGCAAGACCACACGAUUGAUAUUGUCGACGAACAGUGA